UCUCUGAAGGACGUUAAUUUGAUGUUGUUGAUUCUGUCGUUGUUCUUUACAACACCACGCGCUUGUGCGCUCAAAUAGAGAAGUGCGGCGUCAGUAGUUCAGAAGGGCAGGGUACCAUUUGUUAUCACUAAAAACUACGGACUAUGUUUCACUCGCAACGAUGAAAGGAAUUAAGAGUUAACGCUGAGAGUUGCGCAAUAUUACAGUUGAACUUCGCAACGUUAUAUUAUCUCUACAAAAUGUUUAUUCUGGUCGCCCGACUCGUGUGUCUCUAUGCUUUUACGCAUGUCGUUGUCCAUGGGCAAGAUGAAAAGGGAGAGCGCUUUCUUUGUACUGCAGUUCCCAUUAACAAGGAUACAAGUUGCCCCGUGCAGUCUCUGCCUUUUCAGAGUACAACGGCUCAGGAGGAAGAACUCAGGAACACUGUCAUGCAACUUCGAGAGACAGUCUUACAACAAAAGGAGACCAUUAUCAAUCAGUUAGGGACAAUCAAAGAGCUGACGUCUAAACUCUCACGCUGUGAGUCUGAAUCAGAAUCCUUUCGGAAAAACAUCAAGGACACGAUGGAUGAUGUGCCUAAAGACCCGAAUGACACCACUGAUGUUCUUGGAAAGACCAUGCAGACUCUAAAGGAUCGACUAGAAAAUCUUGAGCAACAACAAACACGGGCCAAUAUCUCUGGUGCCUCCUUCCCCAAUGAGCUGAGAAAUCUACUGCAGCGUAGACUGGAGGAUCUGGAGAAUCAACUGCUGAAGAGGGUCAAUGAUCUUGAGGCAGAGAAGACUCAGCUAUAUAAUGAGACAGUAGCUCAUCGCCAGCGCACAGACAAUACCCUGAACUCUCUCAUGAAUAGGCUCUCUGAAUUAGAAAAAGGAGGAGCUGGAUUCAAAUCACCAGAGAAUUUCAAAAUCUCUCUUCCUCUACGAACAAAUUAUCUUUUUGGACAAGUAAAGAAAAGCUUGCCAGAAAUGUACGCCUUCACUAUUUGCAUGUGGCUCAAGUCAAGUGCAAGUCCUGGCAUUGGAACCCCUUUUUCCUAUGGAGUGCCUGGGCAAGCAAAUGAGAUAGUACUGAUUGAAUGGGGCAAUAACCCCUUAGAACUGCUCAUCAAUGACAAGGUGGCGCAACUACCUCUAUCACUGAGUGAUGGGAGGUGGCACCAUGUCUGCAUCACUUGGACUACAAGGGAUGGGCUGUGGGAAGCCUAUCAGGAUGGCCAGAGAUUGGGCACAGGAGAAAACCUGGCCCCCUGGCACCCUAUCAAGCCUGGUGGAGUCCUUAUCCUUGGCCAAGAGCAGGAUGUAGUAGGGGGGCGCUUUGAUGCCAACCAGGCCUUUGUGGGGGAACUGAGCCACUUUAACAUCUGGGAUCGGGUCCUGCGCUCGACGGAUAUCAUUGCAAUGUCAAACUGCUCAUCCUACAUCCCUGGGAAUGUGGUGGCCUGGGUCGAUAGUAAUAUCGAGGUGUUUGGUGGUUCCUCAAAAUUGCCACUUGGACUUUGUGAAGACAGGCUCUUUGACAAUUAAAGGUUUUUGUGGAUAUUAAAGAGAUAUAGUAUAUUGUUAUUCUUUCAUCCUCAGAAAAUAUUUACUCAGACAAGAAGUGGAGGACAGUUUUUAGCAAAAUCAACUUAAAAUCAACCAUAUAUGUACUUGCAUAUGUUCUUGGAUAGAUAAUAACAUACAGAUAAAUGUAAUAUGUGUAGUGGAGCAAUUUCAGUGUAGUUUCAUAUUUGUGGCUGAAGGAAAAUACCCUUAUAAAAAAAAGUACUGCAUUGAUACCAUGGUACAGUCAUGGUAUCUGAUGGUAAAGCCAUGGUACUCAUUGUAUUACCAUAUAUAUGACAUACAUAUGACAUAUAUCAUGGUAAUGUAUGAUUACUACAUCGAUAUACCAUGGUAUUUACAUGGUACUCCAAGGAACAACACUACACUUCACUUCAAGCUUCAAAGGAGUUACCAUGGUACCCAAGAAAGAAAAACAUGACCAAAACAUUUUCAUGGUACCUUUUUUGGAAGUUUAAUUACCCUUUCACGUUCACACAGACACACACGCACACAGUUUUGUUGACAAGAAUCCCCUCUUUUUAUUUAAUGAAAUGAGAACAAGGCCAUUCAUGGUAUAAGAAAGGCUACUUUUGGACCUUGUGUUGUUCAAUUAAAAGAUUUGAAACAGAGGAUUGGUGAAAACAAAUUUACAGUGGUAUUUUUACUUGCACAGUUGUUCCCUUUAGCAUUAGCACAACUGUGAAAGCUACUAUUUUGCACCAUAUCUUUUUAAAAGAUGUCAUAGAAUGUCAUAUGAAUCGAUAUUUAUGUUAGAAUAUUUAGAUUACACUCUUUUUAGAGUCCAAAGCCCACCUUUGUUUAACUGUUUAUGCGGAUUGAAAUGCAUAUUGAAGGUUAUAAAUGCUUUAAAACUGUCAGAUAUUUUAAAGAAAUUUAAUGAAAUGUAAAUUAUAUCGUAAGCUCUAUUUCUUUAAACAUAUAUUUUUAUACCCUCCGUUUGCAGAAUAAAUAUAAUUAAGUGUUGUUUCUUUGUAUGUGUCGUCAUAUUUUGUUUUAUGAAAGGCCUUCUUUUAGAUAACUGUGCCAAUUUUUCGGCAGGGUUUGCUGAACACUGCUAACCUGUCAUUGCCAAUGAAAAAUAAAGAUAGCUCUGAAAUCGUUUUUUCUCUCUCGUCUUGCUCUUUUCACCUUUUUCUCCUGCUACAAUUUUCCCUUUGUGGUUUAACCAUGAUCUGGUGAUUUAUUCAGUAUAUAUAAUAAACUAUAUAUUGGUCAUUGUUUGUUCAUGAUACCUAAUGUAAUAACUGAUGUUAACGAAUGGAAUAUUAUUGUAAAGUGUUCCAGAUUACUUUAAUUUACAUGAUUCUCAUAGGCCUGAAAAUCACAAUUUUAUAAUUCU